AUGGCCGUUUCAAUACCAUUGGGCUCAUUCUGGACCGUCCUGUUCCUUUGCACCGCCUUUCUCUCGCUAUGGGUUGCACCAUCUCAAGGCCUCGACAUUUCCUAUUGCUCGCCGGAUAACAACGCCGGCAGCUACCAAGGCCACUACAACGAGUUCCAGUCGAAUGGAGCCUGCCAACAGCAAUGUCAAGGUUCUUUUGCAUUCGCCGUCCUCCAAGGCUACUACUGCUGGUGCUCCAACUACAUUCCUUCUCCGCAGGAAAGCACUUAUGAUUGCAAUCAGCAAUGUCCGGGCUUUACCUCUGAGUGGUGUGGCAACACCGAUGACGGCCUUUAUGGAUAUUACCUCUUGAGUGCAGGAGUCCCUUUAGGAACCUCUGGCUCGACAGCCAUCCCACCAUCCUCAACAUCUUCCCCUUCUUCGGCUCCAUCGUCGGUUAGUAUUGAUACCUCCACCUCCAUCACUUCCAGUUCCGCGUCCGCAUCCACGUCCUCUACGGAUACUGGAUCCCCCACAUCUUCCCCUACUCCUAAUACAUGGAUCAUCCACCGUUCCUCUUCUGUGGUAACAAUUGGAUCGUCUCAGAGUUCUGACGAGACUGCCGUUGUGACUUGGUCCAGCGACACCUCGAUGAGCUGGAUGAGCUCCACUACCUCUCAGCCCUCGACGACACCUCCACCAAGCCCAAGCUCAGCUCCAACCCCAAGUGAAAUAUACACGAGCAUCACAACCGUCACAGGAGAAGUUCGGACUGUGGUUGUGACACCGUCUGCAGCCGCCACCUCGGAUGCCACGCUCGGCCAGAGCGUCACUGGGGGCGGUGGCGUCAGCACUGGCAAAGUUGUUGGCAUCGUUCUUGGUGUUGCUCUGGGCAUCGGCGUUGUGAUUGGAACCGCAGUCUAUCUCUGGUUCCGCAGACGUCACAAGAAUGUCGCGACAGAAGGCGGCCCGGAAACGGCUUACCUUCCUCGAACGGGCGACAGUUCACCUUCCAAUAAUGUUCCGUCACGGCAAGUUAGUCAGUUGUCGUCGUCAGGCUUGCUCGGGACUAAGACUCCCCGCAUCAACACGUCUGGAGUCAGUCUGGGCAAUGACCUGCGAGGCGUCGAUACCGGCUCAACGACCUUCGAUCGCCGGAGCCUAGGUACAGACCAGCGACUGAACCCGUAUGCAUUGUACAUCCAUGACGAGAGUCGCCUUAGCAAUGUGUCUCUUCAAGAUAACCAGGAUUAUUCCAGGCAGUUACGGGUGGCAAACCCAGACCCCUGA